AUGACCAAGACCGUCCAGGACGAAAAGGGGAGCAUAGCAACCACGAAGGGUGAGCUCCCCGGCGAGCUGCGGUACAUGCAAUACCAGCACUCGUUAGAACCAAAAUACCUUCCCGCUAUCCGGGCACUCAUAUCCAAGGACUUGAGCGAGCCAUACAGCAUCUAUGUUUAUCGGUACUUUCUUUACCAAUGGGGCCACCUCUGUUACAUGGCUCUCAAUCCCAUCGAUGAUUCCCUCAUCGGGGUAGUAAUAUGCAAGCUUGAAAGACAUUCCUCUCACUCUACUCCGACCCUACGUGGCUACAUCGCCAUGUUGGCCGUAUCAUCUAGUUAUCGAGGCCACGGCGUGGCAACAACCCUCGUGAAAAUGGCCAUCGAUGCGAUGGCUGAGCGCAACGCCGACGAGAUCGUCCUUGAGACGGAAGAGACCAACACGCCUGCCAUGCGACUGUACGAGCGCCUCGGUUUUAUACGGUCUAAGAAGCUGCAUCGAUAUUACCUUAAUGGAAACAGUGCAUACCGCUUGGUAUUGCUUCUCAGGCCAGUUGCCAUCGAUUCCCCUACGAGCCCGGCCCCAGAUGGGGAGGAGGACCCUGCCUUGAAAUAG